UCAUAUUCUUGACUGAUGGUGCGGUUGUCAUGUCGUUUGCAGAGUGAUGGUCCUGCUGUGAAGGACAUGCUCGAAGCCGGCAUUCUGGAUCCCUACCUGGUCAAAUACUGGGGCAUAAAACUGGCUACCAAUUCCGCUAUCACAGUGCUGAGGGUGGACCAGAUCAUCAUGGCUAAGGCUGCAGGGGGACCCAAGGCUCCCAAGCAGAGAGGCCAUUGGGACAAGGACGGUUGGGAUGAAGAGCCUGAUAAUUUUGAAACUCACCAUUAGAGGGCACACACAAAACCCUCAGUCGCUCAGUCAGUAGGUUUUGGAAUGUGUGUGCGCUUUUAACUAAAAAAGAAAAAAAAAAUCUGCACCGGUGUGCUCAGUCACUCACAGGAGGUUGAAAUAUGUAUGCGUUACCUGUCACUACUAACACUGGAGAAAUGUUGCGUUACUGACUGGAUUCAACCACAUCACAGGUGUUUUACACAAACCCAGAUGUGCCACUGCCUAAACCUGCACAGAGCAGAUAGUGUGUGUGGUGUGAUAGCAUGCUGCAUGCACUCACAAACUGCUUGCAAGUACCAAAUCAAACACUGUUUUGUUUUGUUUUUUAAUGUAUUUUAAGAGAAGAUUAAUUCAGUUUAGACUUGGUUGAAGAUGUUUUGUGAAACAUGAAGUGCAUUAAGUAACUGACCCAGAGUUUAAUUAUUAUUUCUUCAGCUCAUUUUUUUUCUUUAAUUAUUUAUUUGAUUUUAAGUGUUCACGUUUUAUGCACAAGUACAUUUUCCUGUGUAGAGAAUUUCUCUUAAAGCACAACAUACUGCUACGUGUGCUCAUAAAUGUUUAAUCACCAUAAAUGGACUUCUGGAAUAUCUGUAGGGAUUUAAAUGGCCUUUUUUUACUUUGAAAAUAUAGUCCCCUCAUUUUUAAAUAAGCACCGCAGUUUAAGAUUGAACACAUUUUGGAUGCUGUGGUUAAUGUUUGUCUAUCAAUUAUUUUAUGAAGGUCAGA